AUGGCUGCUCAUCGCAUUAGAUCAGCGAACAACAACACUGUGCUCCCUCGCUGCAGAUCUGAAGGCGCACUAAUCGAUCUCAAUGAAGGAGUUUCAGAGGCCACCCUCACAGAUGUCAAAGUCCCUUCACCUAGUUCUUUACGACUGGAUGCUACUGCCUCAUUUGGAGCUGCCAGGGAAGUGAUUGCCAUUAAGGAUUACUGCCCGUCCAGCUUUACCACACUUAAGUUCUCAAAAGGAGACUGUCUUUAUGUCAUAGACACAUCAGGUGGAGAGUGGUGGUAUGCACACAACAGCAAGGAGAUGGGGUACAUCCCAGCUGCUUAUGUCCAGCCGAUCAAUUAUCGGGACUCCUCGUUCAGUGACAGCGGCAUGAUUGACAGCAUAUGUGACAUUUCUGAAGGAGUGAAAGAAAUGGACAUCUCAGGGGACUGGACGAUGUCCUCCAAAACCACAGAAUCUAGACAUGAAAAUCCUUUUGUUAAUAAACGCAUGUCAAAUAACCCAUUCCUAAACAGCACACUGCAAGACACCACUGACCAAAACAGCAACCAAAAUUCAGCAAAUACCUUUUGCUUUGAUCAUUUCUCACCUCCCAUCUCAAACACCAGUAGCACUGUUAAUAUAAAUGGCUUUGAAAAUGGCCUGCUUGACACAAACAGUUUUAGCCUGAGCUCAGGUGUGAAUCUUCGCCGAGACAAUCCAUUUUUUAAGAACAAGCGCUGCUACAGCAUGUCAGAGCUGUCAGUCCUGCAGUCCCUGUCUGAAGGAAAUCAAGGUUCCUUGAGUUAUUUUGGCAGCAUGAAGUCGCCUAAACCUGAGCAUUUUCAAAGUAGAGAGGACUUCAAAACAGCAUGGCUAAAUCAUCGUAAAUUUACGAGAUCCUGCCAUGACCUGGACUCAAUUGGACAAAACCCAGGAUGGGGGCAAACCCAACCAAUAGAGACCAACAUAGUCUGCAAACUGGACAGCUCUGGUGGAGCUGUGCAGCUACCAAAUACCAGUAUCAGCAUACAUAUCCCUGAGGGUCAUGUUGCACCAGGAGAGACUCAACAGAUAUCUCUGAAGGCCCUUCUGGACCCACCGUUAGAGCUCAACAAUGAUAGAUGCACUACUGUGAGUCCAGUGGUAGAAAUAAAACUCAGUAACAUGGAAACCAAGACCCCAGUCACUUUAGAGAUGAAGGUGUCAGUUGUGGUAAAGAUCGAGAGCCGCAGAACUGCAGAGGUAGUAUGCAUAAGAAGCGACUGCAAAGAAGGUCCGUACGUCCCAAUACCACAUGCAUACAUGUAUGGGGACACUGUGCAAGUGACCCUGGACAAUUUAGAGCCUUGCAUGUAUGUCUCUGUGGUGGCCCAGGCACAAACAGUGGCUCCUUACAACACAGUCUGGGAACAUGUUGUAAAAAAGGUCACUCUUGGGGUGUAUGGCCCAAAACACAUCCACCCAUCUUUCAAGACAGUGGUGGCCAUUUUUGGUCAUGACUGUGCCCCGAAGACAUUGCUUGUAAGUGACGUCAAAAAACAUUCACAGUCAACUACACCUGUCGUCCUCCAGCUCUGGGGAAAGCACCAGUUUGUAAUGGCAAAACCUCAAGAUCUUCAGGUUGGCAUGUAUUCGAACAUGUCCAAUUUUGAAAUAAGAGCCAAUGAACAGGCCAAAACCGUGAGGGGGUUUCAAAUCAAACUUGGCAAAGUGGCCCGCCUUGUCUACAUGAUCGCAGCCCGCGAUUCUACAGACAUUUCAGACUUUACACUGCGAAUACAAGUCAAGGAUGAUAAAGACUGUAUUCUGGCCCAAUUUUGCGUUCAGACCCCAACCCCACUACCAAAAACAAGCACAAGGAGUUCUGUUCAAAGGCGCUUUCUAAAGAAAAAGGAAGUGAACAAAAUAGUCCUCUCUCCUCUUGCAGCAACCACAAAGUAUCCCCUAUUUCAGGACAGAUUAGUCAAAAACUUGAAAUUUGCUAAAUUGCUGAAAACAGUUGUAAGACAGUCCAAAAGCCUAUAUUUACUAGAGUAUCUCAAAGGUGACGUAAUGACUAUUGUAAGCGAGGAAAAAAUCAAACUGAAAGGACAUCUAUGGACAAAGGAAUGGUAUAUCGGAUACUACCAUGGAAGAAUUGGGUUGGUGCAUGCAAAAAACAUUCUUAUCAUGGGAAAAGUGAAACCUGUUAAUUAUAAAGGGUCAGAUCUUACGACUACAGUGCUUUUAGAGCAGAUCCUGAAGCCCUGCAUGUGUCUGACGUACAUCUAUGCAUCGGUUCGGACGAUACUGAUGGAAAAUGUAGCAAGUUGGAGAGCAUUUGCUGAUGCUUUGGGCUUCGUCAAUCUGCCAUUGACACAUUUCUGCCGGACAGAGCCAGACAGUGAGCCAGAAAAGGUAGCUUGUGUUCUUGAGAAGCUUAAGGAAGACUGCAAUGCAGCUGAGGGCAAGGAGAGGAAGUCUUUCCAGAAGGAGCUCAUGAAGGCUCUUCUGAAGAUGGACUGUCAGGGUCUGGUGGCUAGGCUGGUCAUGGACUUUGUGCUGUUGACCACUGCCGUGGAGGUGGCAGGUCGCUGGAGGGAGCUGGCAGAAAAGCUGGCUAAAGUUUCCCGGCAGCAGAUGGAAGCAUAUGAAGCUCCACACAGAGACAGCAGAGGACAGCUGGACAGUGAGGCCAUGUGGAAACCCGCAUAUGACUUCCUGGUGACAUGGGCAGCACAGAUCGGGGACAGCUACAGGGACGUGAUUCAGGAGCUUCACACUGGACUGGACAAAAUGAAGAACCCCAUCACCAAACGCUGGAGACACAUCACUGGCUCCCUCAUUCUUGUCUACUGUCUGGAUCUCCUGCGGAGCUCCGCCUUCAGCCCCUCCCCUCAGGAUGACUGUGCCAUAUAA